GGAGGCGAAUUCCUGUGGUCCCAGGAGUGCCAAGAGUGCGCAGCAAGACGGGAAAUUGCAAAAGUCCUCACCCCUCCGCCCGCCCCCGCGGUUUUCCCGUAACUCCCGCCCCCGGGCGCUCGCCCCGCAGCUGAUUCAUAGCCCCGGCCGGCCCGGGCCGUCUCUGCACGUCCGCCCCGGCGUCCACACCGGCGUCCGCACCGGCGCCCCCCGCGCCGCGGAGGACUCGGCCCGGCUCGCGGAGCCCGUCGCCGGCCGCAAAACCUGAACCUAUGGCUCCCUUUGCAGUUUUUCAGACAUUCCUCUCAAUAUUGAUGUUCUUGAGGAUUUAUCAGAGUGAAGCUUUGGCUAAACCCUUACCAUUGACUCCUGAAUCACUUAAAGUUUCUGCCAAUUCUACACAUCAAUGUUUGCAUUUGCAAUGGACUGUCCGCAACAUUCCUUAUCAUCAGGAAUUAAAAAUGGUAUUUCAGAUACAGAUCAGUAGAAUUAAAACAUCCAAUGUCAUCCGGGUGGAGAAUUAUAACACCACUGUGAAGUGGAAGCAGGUUCUGCAUUGGAGCUGGGAAUCUGAUCUCCCUUUGGAGUGUGCGACACACUUUGUAAGGAUGAAGAGUCUAGUGGACGAUGCCAACUUUUCUGAGCUGAAUUUCUGGAGCAACUGGAGCUCAUGGAAGGAAGUCAAUGUACAAGAGUCUCUUGAACAGGACACACUGCUCAUGUUCCCUAAAGAUAAGCUGGUAGAAGAAGGCUCCAAUGUCACCAUUUGUUAUAUUUCUAGGAACACGCAAAAUAACAUAUCUUGUCGUUUGGAAGAGAAUCAGAUUCAUGGAGAACAGCUUGAUCCACAUGUAUUUGCAUUCAACUUGAAUAAUGUUUCUUUCAUUAGGAAACAUGGGACAACCAUCUUUUGUGAGGGGCCCCCAAAACAGAAGAAGGGCAUCGUUCUCUUUGUCUCAAAAGUACUUGAUGAGCCCAAGGACUUUUCUUGUGAAACCCGGGACUUCAAGAUUUUGAGCUGUACUUGGGAUCCUGGGAUGGAUACUGCCUUAGGUUUUUCUAAGCAACCUUCCCAAAGCUACACCUUAUUUGAAUCAUUUUCUGGGGAAAAAAAACUUUGUACACACAAAAACCGAUGUGAUUGGCAAAUAACUCAAGACUCUCAAGAAUUCUAUAACUUCACACUCACAGCUGCUAAUUACUUAAGGAAGAGAAGUGUCAAUAUUCUUUUUGACCUGACUCAUCGAGGUGAGACUGGAGUUGUUGCAGCCCACAUUGGCCACUAACAUGUCUUUGUUUGGCAGGCUGUGUGAUGGAGUACUGUAAAUGUGUUGUGAUCUUUGCCUAUUUCACAGCCUAGGUGAAAGUUAGAAUUUAUACCAAUUGUUCAUGCCACACUUCUCAUGGAUGCAUGCAUCCCC